AUGGAAGGAUAUCAGAGAACAGUGGAUUAUGUGAGGGACCAUAUCCAGCACUUCAGCCUUGAUAACUGUGCUCUUGGGAGCCAGGGCUAUAACCGAGUUCUCCUACAGCUGUUUGGGUUUAUGGGUCAUGGCAAGUCCUCCCUCAUCAACUCCUGCAAGUAUGUAUUAGAUGAUGGAGAAUAUUACAUUCAUGCAAAUGCAUUGGCUUCCCAUACUAGUGUCACUUUCAACAGAACAGCCUACCCACUCACUGACACCAUCACUAUUGUGGAUAACAGGGGGUGCUCUACAUUCAACGCGUAUGAGACUGGGGAAAUUUAUGCACAGCUGGGUAACUUUAUUCCACUGAACCAGAGAGUUGAAUGGACAAAUAACUAUGAAGACAUGAUAUACAAAUUGGAGGACUCAGAAAUGGAUCCUAAUUUCACAGACAUCACUAUUCCAGUGUUUGUUUACAGCGUUAAAAAGGGCCUCGCUGAAGGGGAGAAGAAAGAUACUAAAGAAUUCAUUGAUAACUGCCGGAAAAUGACAGGAUUUUAUCCAAUUGUGGUUCUGACCCACAAAACCUCUGGAGACUUCAUUCAGGCUGAGAAGGAGUUCCUGCUGAUGGGAGUAGAGAAGGUGAUUAAGAUAGAAAACUACACAAAAGAGGAUCAUGGCAGAACACAAGGGCGACACAAGGAGAUCCUACAUUUUCUCUACAGCGUUCUGGAAGAUGUCAACUUCCAGAUGAAAUACAAGAAGAUCCCAAAAAGAGAAAGGGUUGAGCGGAAGAAAUUUCUGCUUAAAUUUCUACAUCAGAGAGAGGUGAACCAAAAACUGGAGCAAAUGCGACGGAACGCAAAAAUUCAACAACUGCCCACCCUUUAAUAGCCUCACUUUAAGAGCAUUUCCAGACCAGAAACCAAGCAAAGACAUCAUGACUAUAGAAGACUCCUGUUUUCUACUAUAUGUGGUUCAGACAUCUCCCAGUAGUAGUCACCUGCCACUAGACAUUCUGACCUCAUUACAAUGUGAUGGGCACUAACUACAUUUCUCAAGUCCAAUCAUCCCACAAGGGCUCUUAGCUGCCUGAUAUCAGCCAAAUGAUUAUUAUAUAUUUAUGAUUGUGAAGGAUUGGGUCACUAAACCUAAUCAGUUUUGGGUCUGCACAUGUAAAACCAAAACCCUGUGUAGAGCAGGCAACUUCUGCUAUAAGAUUGCUGUGUGUAAAUCUUGAAUUUCUGAUCUUACUUUAAGUAAUUACUUCAAUAAAGGACUAUGAAUUUAAUUAUA